AUGGCUACAGUGUCUCGGCUGCUGGAAGCUGCAGAGCAUGUGCAGGCCGCCCUCCUGCUGGGGAGACUGCCCGGGGGCCUUCCAGCCAUGGUGACAACCUCCUCCAUCUCUGUGUACACAAACAGAAUACAGCCCUGGAGUUGGCGAGGCUCCUCCGUGCAUGUUGCUGCAGCCAGCUCUGUGACCUUCACCCUGCCCACUGCCCCCCUCGGCUCCAUGGAGGACUAUCGGGAGCCUGUGGACAUAAGGAUGAUGAGCUUCCCCAAGAGCCCCUUUCCAGCCCGAGGUCACUUUGAUGUCAGCGGAACUGUGGGUGGCCUCUCUCUGACCAGUCCUAGUGGACAGCUCAUCCCUGUGAAGAAUCUGUCAGAGUAUAUCGAGAUCCUGCUGCCUCGGCUUUCAGAAGGGCACAGUGAACCAACUGUGCUGAACCUGAGCAGACCUGAAGCCCUGUGGGUGAACCUGACGUCAGGCAGCGCGGCUUUGGGGAUCCAGCUGCACUGGAGACCUGAUGCCCCACUCACGCUCAGCCUGGGUUAUGGCUACCACCCCAAUGAGACCAGCUACGAUGCCCAGGCUCACCUCCCGCCAACAGCUGCUUCAGAUGAGCUGUCCACGUGGAUCCUGAGCCCAGAGGACCUGCCUUUUGGAGAAGGCGUCUACUAUCUGACUGUUAUCCCAGAGUCUGACCUGGAGCCAGCUCCAGGCAGGGACCUUACAGUCGGCAUCACCACCUUCCUGUCCCAUUGUGUUUUCUGGGACGAAGUCCAGGGCACUUGGGACAACUCCGGGUGCCAGGUGGGGCCGCAGACCACCCUCUCGCAGACCCACUGCCUUUGCAACCACCUCACCUUCUUUGGGAGCACGCUCCUGGUGAUGCCCAAUGCCGUGGACGUCCGCCAGACUGCUGAGCUCUUUGCCACCUUUGCGGACAACCCUGUGGUUGUGACCACCGUGAGCUGCCUCUGCGUGGCCUACCUCCUGGUGCUGAUCUGGGCGAGGAGGAAGGAUGUUCAGGAUCAAGCCAAGGUAAAGGUCACAGCGCUGGAGGACAACGACCCCUUGGCUCAGUACCACUACCUGGUGACAAUCUACACCGGACACCGGAGGGGGGCAGCCACCUCCUCAAAGGUGACUGUCACCCUAUAUGGCCUGGAUGGAGAGAGUGAGCCCCACCACCUGUCGGACCCCGACAUUCCGGUUUUUGAGCGAGGGGGAGUGGAUGUCUUCUUGCUCUCCACCCUGUUUCCCCUGGGGGAGCUGAGGAGCCUGCGACUAUGGCAUGACAACUCAGGGGACCAGCCAUCCUGGUAUGUAAGCCGGGCGCGGGUGCAUGACCUGGCAAUGGACCGCAAGUGGCACUUCCUCUGCAACUCAUGGCUAUCCAUCGAUGUCGGAGACUGUGUCCUUGACAAGGUAUUUCCGGUGGCCACAGAGGAGGACAGGAAACAAUUCAGCCACCUGUUUUUCUUGAAGACCUCCACAGGCUUCAAGGAUGGCCACAUUUGGUGCUCCAUCUUCAGCAGCUCAGCUUGGAGCAACUUCACACGUGUCCAGAGGGUGUCCUGCUGCUUCUCACUGCUCCUCUGCACCAUGCUGACCAGCAUCAUGUUCUGGGGUGUCCCCAAGGACCCAGCUGAGCAAAAGAUGGACUUGGGUCAAAUCGAGUUCACUUGGCAGGAAGUGAUGAUUGGGCUGGAGAGCUCACUCCUCAUGUUCCCCAUCAACCUCCUGAUUGUUCAGAUCUUUCGGAAUACCCGUCCUCGGGUGGCCAAGGAGCAGAACGCUGGGAAAUGGGAUGGGCGGCGCCUCAGCCUGGCGCCCUCACCACAGCCCAUGGAGGAUGGCCUUCUGACGCCUGAAGCAGUGACCAAGGAUUUGUGGAGACUUGUCAGCUCCCUGUUCAAAGCUCUGAAGGUGCCACCCCCUCUCUUGGGCUGGGACUCCAUGAACUCAAUGAACAUCAACCAACUGCUGGCCUUGAUGGAAGAUGUCAUCUGUCAACAGAACAAAGCAGGACAGGUCUUCUCGGAGGAAGUCAGCCAGACAGGGGCCCCUUUAACACUCACCCUUGGAUCAGUACAAGUAAAAGAAGACAUGCAACGCCCCAGGCCCACGGCGGGCCCAAGUGAUGCCUGGAAGAACAGCACCUUCCGGCAGUGUCUCUACCUUCAGCUGGAGCACCUGGAGCAAGAGCUGCUGCUCCUGGAGCCCCAGGGCUCCUCCCAGGGUCAGAGCCACACCAGGGCACUAGGGCAGCUACAGACCCUGAAGGGCUGUCUGGUGGCACAGGCUGGAACCCUGCCCCCAGCACAUUCCAGUUCCUUGCAGGCAAGCAAGCUCCCUCGAGGCCUGCCCUGGUGGUGUGUCCUGGUGGGCUGGCUCCUGGUGGUAGUCACAAGUGGGGUGGCAGCCUUCUUCACCAUGCUCUACGGCUUGCACUACGGGCGGACUAGCUCCCUCAAGUGGCUCAUCUCCAUGGCCGUCUCCUUCGUGGAGAGUGUGUUUGUCACCCAGCCACUGAAGGUGCUGGGGUUCGCAGCUUUCUUUGCGCUGGUGUUGAAGCGAGUGGAGGACGAGGAGGAGCCUGUGGUCCCCCUCCUGGGACAUCUCUCCGGCCCAGACCCCUCUGCCUUGUUCCGAGCACGAAGAAACAGCAGAAAGGAUAUCUACCAGCCACCUCUGGCCUCUGACAUUGAGAAGAUGAAAACCAUGCACCUCAAGGAGCAGAAAGCGUUUGCCUUAAUCAGAGAAAUCUUGGCGUACCUGGGCUUUCUGUGGAUGCUGCUGCUGGUUGCCUAUGGGCAGAGGGACCCCAGCGCCUAUCACUUCAACAGACACCUCGAGCACAGCUUCACCCAAGGCUUUUCAACUGUGCUGAGCUUCCAACAGUUCUUCACAUGGGCCAACACCACCCUCGUGAGCAACCUGUACAGUCAUUAUCCAGGCUUUGUCACUGAUGGGAACGCCAAGCUGGUUGGUAGUGCCCAGAUUCGCCAAGUGAGGGUCCAGGAGAGCUCCUGCCUUCUUGGCCCGCAGCUGCAGGCUUUUCUUGACAGGUGCCGUGCACCAUAUUCCCUGGAUGUGGAAGACCUGUCAGACUAUGGGGAAGGUUGGAAUGCCUCCGUCCUCAACAACAGCAAUGACUUUUCCCAGGCUUGGCGGUACCAGAGCCAGAGCCAGCGCCGAGGGUAUCCCCUCUGGGGCAAACUCACCAUGUACCGGGGAGGAGGUUACGUGGUCCCCUUGGGGACUGAUCGCCAAAGUGCAUCAAGAACCCUCCAGUAUCUCUUUGACAACACCUGGCUGGACAGCUUGACCAGAGCUGUGUUUGUGGAGUUCACGGUCUACAACGCUAACGUCAACCUGUUCUGCAUUGUCACUCUGACCCUGGAGACCAGCGCCCUUGGAACCUUCUUUGCACAUGCGCACCUGCAGAGCCUGCACCUGUACCCCUUUACUGACGGCUGGCACCCCUUCGUGGUAGCCGCGGAGAUCGUCUACUUCCUGUUCCUCCUCUACUACAUGGUUGUGCAGGGCGAUCUCCUGAGGAAGAAAAAGUGGUGCUAUUUCCACAGCAAGUGGAACAUUCUGGAGCUGGCCAUCAUCCUGGCCAGCUGGAGUGCCCUGGCGGUGUUUGUGAAGAGGGCCGUCCUGGUGGAGCGUGACCUCCAGCGCUACCGAAAACACGGGGAAGAAGUGAUCAGCUUCAGCGAGACUGCAGCAGCCGAUGCUGCCCUUGGCUACAUCCUUGCCUUCCUGGUACUCCUAUCCACAGUGAAGCUUUGGCAUCUGUUCAGGCUGAACCCCAAAAUGAACAUGAUCACGUCAGCUCUGCAUCGUGCCUGGGGGGACAUUUCAGGCUUUAUCGUUGUCAUCCUUAUCAUGCUCCUGGCUUACUCCAUUGCAUCAAACUUAAUCUUUGGUUGGAAACUCCGUUCCUACAAAACCCUCUUUGAUGCGGCAGAAACAAUGAUCAGCCUUCAGCUGGGAAUCUUCAACUAUGAGGAGGUCCUGGACUACAGCCCAGUGCUCGGCUCCUUACUAAUUGGGUCCUGCAUCGUUUUCGUGACAUUUGUGGUGCUGAAUCUGUUUAUCUCUGUCAUCCUGGUGGCGUUCAAUGAAGAGCAAAAAAAUUAUCAGCUGUCGGAGGAUGGAGAGAUCGUCGAUUUGCUACUGAUGAAGACACUCAGUUUUCUGGGCAUUAAAUGCAAAAGGCAGGAGCCUGGAAGCAGCAGUGAGCAGCCUGAGUUGUUGUCUGAGGUCUGGCACCCUCAACCUGUUUCAACUGUGCCCCCAAUUUAA